CUCGCGGACCCCUGCAGCAACGCGACGCACGCAGCAUGACACUCGUCCUGUAGCGUCUACCAUGUGCAGGCCUGUGGCGUGUGUGCGGGAGCUAGCGAGAUUUUCUAUCAGAUGAGACAUGGGAGCGAGGUGGCAGUCCUCUCAGCGUCCUCUCUUUGUCCGGACAGUCUGGGUGGACGGUCGUCGCCACGCCAUCCUCUCACGAGACGACCCUCUGGUACGUCUGCCCAGACCAUCCUCCUCCAUCGGCGCCUCAGACUCGUCCUCUGACUCCUCCGACUCUUGUCUCGGCUGUCCUCUGGAAGAUUGUCUCAUCAAGCUGCGACUCGCACUUCAUCCCGACUCUUACCGGGGCAGUUUGAAGGAUGCUAUCUACCCCAUAAGACAAGGUACAGUGGAGGCGUCGCAAUGCUACGAUCAUGAAGAUUCCGACUCUCUCUUUGACAACGACCAUGACUACGAACUACCACAGAGACGUCUUCCGCUGCUCGGACAGUAUCCUAAGGUGUACUCGUUUGACCGAGCAGACCAAGUAUCAUUCCUGCCUGAGCUACAGCUGAACCCAUUAUCAGAAAGAGUCCUACAAUGGCUUGAUCUAUCCGGAAAAGGAAAAAGACUUCACACUGCUAUUCACAGGGAGAUAGAAAUCAACCGUGAAGAGAAGAAAUCGCAGAUGCUGGAUAAUAGAAAACAACAUUUGUCUCGGAGAAGAGAACUGCCGCAGAGGAGACUAAGUGUGGACAUUCUCUCAGACACGAAACUGUCAGCGAGAUCCGUGCACGACUCUCGAACACGCAAGAAGUCACCACUGACUACAGUGAUGCCUCCACUUCUCAAGCCAGGAUGUCAAACAGAAACGGAUGCUGAUAAAGCUCCUGCAGAAGAACUACCAGUUGUUCAAAACUUUGAGCCCCCGCGACUGCUCCGUCACGGACCUACCUGGCCUUCGCCACAGUCCACCCCUAACCGUCCCCAGCUGCACAUCUUCAUGCCACCCCUAGACGACAACAGACCGGGGGACAACUCUGAGAGUGAAUCCAACCAUGGAGACGCAGAGGGAUCUUGAGGAGUUGCAUCACAUUAGAGAGACUUUUUCAAUUUUGUAUACUUAAAAGUAUGAUUUAAAACUAAAUAAAUGUGAACUACCACAUCACUGUUCUUAACGAUGACAAGAUUUGAAUCCAUAGUAUUUCUGUCAACCGUGUGGCCAGUUUUUUUUUUUUAUCUGAGGUGGUCAGUUAGAAACGGCUGCCAGAUGUUUUGUAUUAAUUUUGUUGUGCUAGUACUGUAUCAGUCUCUUAGGCCUGAUCUCUGAAGUCUGAGCCCAGCCAUAAAAGAUACCUCUUCAAGGACAAAACCCCUUGAACUAAUCUCCAACUAACGCAGAAUUGAUGUCAAAAAUCACUAAGGAUCCUAAUUAUACAGGCCAAAAAAUACUGAAGGACGAUAACCAGAUUAGCCAAAUGAGAAAUAUUUUGCAUUUCCACCACUGGAGUCGUAAUAGCAAAAAUGAAGUAAUAGUUAGCAAUCUUGAUUACAGCUUGACUUACUGUUUUAUACAUAUAAACAGUUUGAAAUUGAUUAGAGUUUCAAUGUGAUUAAACUCCUCACGAUGGCAAAAAUUAAUAACCCCAACAUUAAGUUGCAAACCGCUUUUUUGAAUGGAUAUGUGUAGUUUUUCCGAAAGUGUUAAUUAUGUUAUACAAUUAUUGUUAAAGAGUAUAGCUUGUUCUGUAA